CGCCACCGUCGUCACUGCUGCCUUGAUCUCACCUUGAUGCAUGCUUAUGUUUCCCUUUUGUCCAGCUGUUCGUGUGAAAUAACCUCUACCAAACCCUCUCUGGUGAACGUUUCUGCUCUUUGGCGGGAGGCGGCCUUCCUUGUCCUAAUAAUCGUAAACAGAGCUGAGCCAAGCCCGUUCAGCCCAGACCAAGGGCGGACCCCAGGGAGCAUCUUUCUAUAUCCGUCCGCCCAGGACCCGGGCUCUCCGUGUCAUCGCCCAACACGGACUACAACUCAAGAUGGACUUCAUACAGAGGGCCAUUCAGACGGCCCUCCCGGCCCCCGAAACGAGCAUUCUGGUGUUCACCACGGCAGUCACGACAGCCUCACUGUACGCCAUCCUGAACCGCGUCGUCCACCCAAGACGUCCCGCGGUGCUCCGGGGCCCGCUCCACUCUCAUAUAUCGAGCCUAUCCCCUGAGCAGAAGUCGGAUCUUCUAUAUCCGCCAGACUACUUUCCCGGGGCGCGCGAUGUCCCGACCCCGUACGGGUCGGUUAGGUGUUAUGAGUUUGGUCCAGCCUCUGGGAGGAAGGUCCUCCUGAUACAUGGCAUAUCUACGUCGUGCAUGACUCUCACGCACAUCGCACACGGGCUGGCCGAGCGUGGGUGCAGGGUCCUACUGUUUGAUCUGUUUGGUAGGGGCUACUCAGACGGCGUUGGCGACCUGCCCCACGACGAGCGACUCUACGUCAGCCAGGCCCUGUGCGUACUAGCCUCGAGCGAGCUUGCGUGGACGGGCCAGGGAGAGGAUGAUGGAUUCCACCUCGUGGGCUACUCGCUGGGAGGAGGAAUCUCUAUACACCUGGCAGCGGCGUUUCCCGGCAUGGUCAAGUCGCUCAUCCUCCUCGCACCGGCCGGGAUGAUCCGGGAGGACAACUUCGGCGCCGUCGCCAAGAUCAUCUUCAGGAGCGGGUGGGUGCCCGACGGCUUGGUGGAAAUCAUGACGAGGUGGAGGUUGAAGAAGCCCAUCGCCGAGAGUGCAAAGAGGAAGCCGAAGGGCGGGCCGAGCGGCGCGUCUAUGCCCAAGACGCAACUGCCAGGCGACCAGGCCAUCGAGGCAACCGUGACGAGCGAGAUCGCCGACGCUGCCGUCUCUGAGGCGCCGGGCCCUCUGCAGCGCAAGGUUCUCAAGUACGUCAACUGGCAGGUCAGGAACCACGCGGGCUUCGUGCCGGCGUUCAUGAGCACGUUGAGAUAUGCACCGAUGAUCGGCCAGCAUGGUGCGUGGAGGAAGAUCGCGAGGAGGGAGCCCAGGACGACAUGUUUUAUCUUCGGAGUGGGAGAUGAGAUAGUCAAUGAUGAGGAUUAUAGGGAAGACGUGCUGCCUCUGGUAGGCGGGGAUGAGAAUGUUUUCUGGGCUGAACCUGUGCCCGGAGGUCAUGACUUUCCCAUGUCUCAUCCGGAUCAGACACUGGAAAGGAUAUGGAGGUUUUGGGGAUGGGAUGAGGGUGUUGCGGAUUCUUGGGUCAAGACGUGAGGGUGUUUGCCUAAUCAGUAUAGACAUUUAUAAACGGUGUAAUCACUGUGGACUAGACUUGGGCCUAGCAGAUCACGAAAUAGAGACUUCCUUGAUACAAGCGCUCUUGA